AAUAAAUGUAAAUUUAUGAAAAUAUACCUUUUAAAUGCUGUGCAGCAAGGCCAGGUUUGGGACGACCCGCUCUAUUUUUAUGGAGAUAGAGAUAAGAGCCUGUUAUUUCGUGCAAUUACAAUUGUCGGUGUAACAUUACUUGUCAUGUCUGACAAAGGAGGAAACGAAUCUGUCACUACCAAUGAAAUUGUUGACAAGUCUGAAGAAACGGGAGAAAAUUUAACAAACGAAGAAGCACCCACGAGUCUCGAGACUAUUCCUUCUGAAACACCUUUAGUUCGAAAUGGAACUCAGACUGCUUCCAAAGACAAAACGAAAAUCGAUAUUUUAUUGAAAGCAACCGCUAAUGCUCCGAUAAUGAAACAGAAGAGAUGGACUGUCAGUCAAGAUCAGUGUAUCGGUAAAAUUUCUGAUUUCGUGAGAAGAUACCUGAAACUAGAUUCUAACGAAAAAUUGUUUCUUUAUGUAAAUCAAACAUUUGCACCUGCGCCGGAUCAAGUGGUGAAAAAUUUAUACAACUGUUAUGGAGCAGACGGAAAACUAAUACUUCACUAUUGUAAAAGUCAAGCGUGGGGUUAAAUGCUUCUUGAAGACCGCGCUCGUUCAUCGAACAAAGCAGAACAAAGUAGCGAAGUUACAAGUUUCGUCGCUUGUUGGCGCCACGAGGUACUUUGAGAAGGAUGUAGGGAUACAAGAUAAUUUAUAAUCUCCAAGUAAGCACAA